GUUGCUCGUUUUUCUUUAGCUGAAAUGUUUUGUGAGAAUGAAUAGUUCAGCUUGUUAUGCUAGAAUACAUAGCUUAUAUUAUUUGUUCAUUUGAAAUUUGUGAGAUCAUUUCUCAGAGACACUGGAUAUAUAACUGCCUAAAUAAGACGAGAACAGAGUUACAUGUAAACAGUAGAUUAAAAAAGUAAAACACUGUAACUUAAUAUACAGAUUUCCUGAAGUAAAAAAAAAAUUUGAUCUCAGUAUUAUAUAAUAAUGCAUUUCUUAAAUGCAUUUUAUGGCAGGAAUGUUUCCUCUUACAGCCAUUUUACUGUGACUGUAGGUUAAAGGUUGAUCAGGUUGAAUACGGUUAUGUAUCUUACGAUAGUUUUUUAUAGAGCACUUUGAUCUGUCUGAAACAAAGUGAAAGAGUGAGAUUUUAUCAACUUUUUUUGUGUACUCUGUAUUACAGUGGACAUCUAUCAAAGCAUGUCUGUUCUGUUAUCAGUGGUUGUUUUAUUAUCAUGAAAUUGCAUUUACCUGAAUAUGAAGCUGUAAUUCAGUGAACAUAUAUUUAAAAAGGUUUUAAGGAUAUAAAGGCUCACUGUAGCAUAAUUCCAUGACCUUGUUUUGGUAAUCUUACUUCUGUAAAGCUACAGUAUAUUUUUCAAACACUUUUUGGGACACCCCUCAAACAGUCUGAGCCAAUCAGGAAAGGCAGAUCGGUGGAUUCCAGGAAACAGGCCUGCUGUCAUUUUAUCAGCAGUUCACAGUUCACUAAGUCACACACGGACACCAGUGACAGUGAGCAAAACUCCCUCACAACUACGUAAACCUCUUCAAAGCGGCACACAGUCUUAUCUAUUGUUUUUGAUGCAGUACUCAAACCAGAUAAUGUUUUUCCCCACAAUGAUAAAUAUAUUUUUCUUUAAAAUGGAGUAGCACAUGUCUCUUCAAUAACGUGAGAGACAGGCAUCAACUAUGUUGGUCAACCCAUAUGAAGCAAGCACUCACUCCUCAGUAGAGGAGCAGGCUGUAAACCAUUCCCAUUCUUCUCUGAGACCUCCACUUCCCAGGCUUGCCCAGAACCAUCCACCACCCAGAGACCCCAUGACUAGCAACCCAAAGCUUUGGGUGAUAAAGCCCCUCUCCCCUAAGCUAGAGCAGUCAGAUUUGCGCUCGAUAUUAAGCCCAACUGGCCAACCACAGUUGCUAGAAAACACAUGCAGUAGCAGUCAGGACAGCGACUCUUUCGGGUUCAGCUUGGAAAGUAUAACAGUAACAGGCAUGCAGCCUACUGUGAUGGUGUCAUCUAGGAGUAGCACUCCAGGUGUGGUGGUCCAGGCUCGACAAGUGGCUGUGUCUGAUGAUGGAAGUGACAGUGAAGACUUUAGGCCCAGUACUCCAAGCAGUACAGGCUCAUAUGUUGGAUUCUAUUCCUUUGUAGAUGACCCAGCAAGCCCAGAAGCUGAGAUGAAUGAAGUCUACAUGGUUUCUCCACAAAGGCAGGCCAAACUCAAUACCUUGAAGGAGAAGAGCACCUUUAAGCUACAGACGUACACAGAAGAAAAGAGACCUGGAAGGCUAUUUGAAGAAACUAACGGAGAUGACUGUUACCAAAUUGAGGACACCUCCACAGUCAAUGAAGACAAGGAAAAUCCAGACCGAAUGGAGAUCAUCCGGAAUCAGGCACCCAAAAAAAGCCCUGCUCUUAAAAGUCAGUGGAGUACCUUAGAAAAUCUGGACCUCAGUAGCACUCCGCAAAGGCUCAUGGAUGGGUUUAGUUUAAACUACAAACCAGUGAGUGUAAAGACUGAACAAACCAGGGUUGAGUCUAGCACUAUAGACAGUGAGCAAAUUGACUUCAACGCAGCACGAAAGCAGUUUCUAAUGAUGGAACGAUCAAAACAGAAUCCCUUCCUGCAGAGUACUGAGCGCCCCCCUUAUUCCCCCAAACUGCGAGGAAGGUCUCUAUCCUCAAUAGCCAGCAUCUUCAAUCCAAAACAAGUAAGCAAAGAGAACAGCAUAGAUGAGAAUCAGAUCGCACUAGUAACACAACAACAAGAAAUAGAAGUAAAGACUGUAACUGUGACUGAGGAUUCAAAUAAUAAAGUUCCAAGUGGUGCCUUCGAGGACAUUGACUCUGGUCUUGGUGAACGAAGUGGAGGCUAUGCCAGUGAUGGUAGCAUUUCGAAUGAUCCUUCCAUUACAGAAAAGGGAAGUAGUUUGACAAUGAUAAGUGCAGAGGAGACUCCCAUUCAAAGGGAAAUUAGAAUUGCCCAACAACGGGAAGAGAGUCUACGUCGAUUAAGGGGUAUUUUGCACAAAGACAAUUCAGAGAUGGUGGAGAUCAGGAUAAAGCCAAUUCUGUCCCUGUCAUCUUCACAGGUGAAAGCUCCCAAAACCAGAGAACAAAACAGAGUUAGUUUCCUUAUUCAGCGAGAGCGUGAGAAACUGCGACAGAUCACAAACAGUGUUUCAAGCCAUGAUACCCAAGAGAACCAAGUACAGGAAAAUAAGAAGUCAGUUGAGUCAAAACCGGAUGAAAUUCCAGUCACAUCUUUAAGGGCAAGUAUAAGCAAAAGUCCCACAACUGAUUUAGAGCAAAGCACAGUCUCUGCAGAUGACAUGUGGAUUUCAAAGCAACCUGCACUAGUAGAAGAAGGUGACGUCUUGGACUCAAAAGAAGAUCUUUCGCCUUGCUGUCCUCAUCGACAUCCUGAUGAAUCUAUCCUUCAGAGAAACCCUGACAGCAGCACUUUUAGAAACCAAUUAGGUGCAUAUCCUGAGGACAACAACCAUUCUAAAGUAAGGGUUCAUAAAGAGAAUGGUGUUGAGUGCCAAAUCCCUAAUCUCAGAACAAAGAAAGGGCCAUCCUGGUUUAUGGAAAAUGACAACAGCAUGUCAGGAAAGAACAGGUUCCACUUUCCAAAUACUCCGUCCCCACUGGAACCUGCAAAAUCUAGUCGGUACACUCCUACCUGGCAAACUCACCUUGACUACACCGACUGGAGUCCCAAAAUCCAGAAUGCCCCAAACAACAUCCGUCAGGAAAUCGAAGAAGACCUCAGACGAGAACAAGAGCUUCAAGAGCUGAGAGAGUCCAGUAGUCAGUCUUUCUCAGUACCCAACUCUGCAUUAGUGAAUCCAGCGCUAACUUCCUCUGAACCCAUGACCCCACUAGCCAGUGAGGAAACUGUGUUUUCACCACAAAAUCCACAUGGGAACAUGGCAGAACUGGAUUCGGUAUUUCCAGAAAAGAAGACUGAUUAUAGUAAUCCUUAUUCCUGGAGUCGGGACACUUCUCAAUUAUCCACUACAGAUAAAGGUCCACAGUUGUCCUCAACUCGACCCAGUUUCAGACUUCCCUCUAUGUCAAUUAUGACACCCCAGCCAUGGGGCAGCCCAAAACCCAUGUCCCCAACUGUUUCCCGAGCACCCCCCGUCAAGCCCUUGAGCGCACUUGCUGAACUGUCAUCGCCUUCUUCCCAGAAAGGACUGACUGAGACGCUGCUAAAGGACUUUGAGGACAGACGGAUCAAACUAAAACUGGAAGAAAGUGCAUACGCUGGGAUCCAACCUAUCGACGCCAUAAACAAUGAGGUUGUAGAGGCCACCCGUGUAACAAGGCAUAAAAACCAAAGAGCCCUACAGUGGGAGGCGGGCAUGUAUGCCAACCAGGAGAGCUAAUGAAUCAGCACAAACAUAACAGGAUGCACAUGAGAAAUCAUCUUCAGACGAGAAUGACUGGGUUUAAUUCCACUUUGCACUUCAAAGCACCACCUCUCCAUAUAAAGUCAAUGAAGAUGAAACAUGGACAUUUCUUCCAUUUCAUUCACAGUUUAGCUGGAUGUUCUGAAUUGACUGGCGUGGUGGAAAUAGGUAUAGGUGUGGAGAGCAUUUUACCUGCUUGGGGUGAAUUGUAAACUCUAGCACACUGGAUUAUGAUAAAUUUCUUUAUCUAUUUCUCCGCCAGUACUAACAUUUAACUACUUUCCUUAAUACUUAUAAAAUAUAUAGGCUACAUGGUCAUAAAAAUCUGUCAACUGACAAUAAAACAUAAAACUGUAUUCCAGUUUAUUAAUCUUACUAACCUUAAAAUCCUCAGUGCUUUAAUGGAUAGACCAGUUUGCCUUUAAUAUAAGGAAUAGAACCAAACAAACAAAAAAAGUAGAAUCACAGAGUUCCUACACAGAGAGGAGAGGCCAUGAGAUCUGGACCUGGACAUGAACUCAUUAACACAUAUGCCUGUUGAUGUGGUCUUUAUUUUGAAAUAACGUUGAAUAAUU